UUCCCGAUUACAUCAGUUUUCUUCCCCCGCUGCUCUGCUGCUUUCUCCUAUCCUUCCCCUCCUCCCUCGAUUGUGCUUCGGCUUCCUGAGACUCCGUCUGCGAGGCCACAUGCCUGCCGGAGGAGCUCCUCUCCGUGGCGAUCUCCUGCGCCGCGCCGCGUCGCACGACGCCUUCCGUGCCACCGCGGUCUCGCUGCCCUUCCGCGCCGCUGACGCCGUCUGGGCUUGCUUCCAGCCGCCCGGCCUCCCGCCGCUCUCCGACUGGGAGCUCUCUCCCGGGCCACUGUCCAAGGGGGCGCUGUUCAAGCUCCUCUCCGAACGACCUUUCCUCCUCGCCGACGGCUUCACGGUACGGAAGAGCUCUUCUUUUUCUCCUUUCUAUUCUGCAGUCAUGUGGCUGGACAGGGAGACCGGCACCAAAUUCUACAUGCUGUCGGCGAGGGCCCUGUGCAUCGUCUUGGGCGAUACGCUACAGUACUGGAGCUGGAUCCCUCACACUGACUCAAGGAGCAGGACAGAGAUUAUGGCAGCCAUCACCGCAUGGCAAGGAGACCUCUUUGAAGCUCAUAGUUAUCAAAAAUGGGGUGGCAACAUUUCAAUCCUGAUGGAUGUGUGGUUUGGGCAUUUUGCUACAAGGGAAGCGAAGAUACCAAGGAAAUUAGAUCACCACACCAACAACGUUCUAAUGCGGCUCUUUUGUGUUUGGAUCUGGUAGCGGCUCUGAAUAAUUGCAGAAGAAGAAGGCUUUUCUUUUCCCUCCUCUCAUGCAGCCCGAGCCAACAUCCGAGGCAGCCCAUCUAACCCCACCGCCUAUCCCUUGUCUGUACAACCUCACCUCCUACUCCUAGACCAGAACUGAGAAAGUGAUGGGCGAUGCCGUGGCGUGCGGAGUCAGCACUUGGGCAGCCUUCAUGCUCUUUUGUGUAAUAUAGACAACUUAAACAUGGUACUGAAUUUUCCACGUAGUCAGACUUCAAGUGUACAACAAAUCUGUACAGAUAUAAUCUAAAUAUCUUUGAUUCCAUAACUCCAUUUGGAUUUCUCCCUC